AUGCCGUCCCACCUGCUCUCCAAACCGGACGACAUCGACACCAGAUCUAUGAUCUCCCUGCAAGAAUUAGACCCAUCACCUGUCCAUGAUGUCCUGGAUAUUGAAAGCGGCGAAUUCUUCCCUAGGGCCACCUCUCCGACGCAACAUACAGCUGGUAUUUCAAUGCCAAAACUAGGCCUGAGCGGCCAUAGCUGGGAUUCAUGGCUGACUGGUAUCCAAAAAUACUCAACCUAUCCACCUACGGCUUUCUUCAUCCUACAUCUCGCGAACACCUCUCUUAUACCACUCGUUACUCGCUCCGUGCCCGCGAGCGAAUCCUAUCUUUUGCUCACACGACCCGUAUACCAAGCACCCGGACUAGAGCAUCUCGUCUUAACACUUCCUAUAAUUGCGCAUAUUGCCUCCGGAAUUGCUCUCCGCAACAUUCGUGCUGCGCGUAGAGCACGUCUGUACGGCGCCGAGACUCGCGCCCAGCGAAGCACGUUAUAUUUCUGGCCGCGGAUGUCAUUGCAAGCACGCACUGGAUACUUUAUCGUGCCGCUGGUUGCAUUCCAUGCACUCGUCAACCGUGUUACACCAUUGAUCGUCGAAGGAGGAAGCUCUGGCGUAGGACUUGGAUAUAUUGCCCAUGGGUUUACUCGGAAUCCUAUGUUCUGGAAUGUCUUUUAUUUCUUUUUUGUGACCGCCAGUGCGUGGCACUUUGUUGGUGGCUGGGCGACCUGGAUGGGCUGGAGAGUGACCACAGCGCGCAAGGAGCGUAGUCACAAAGGCUCGUUGGAUGGCUACCGUGGACCCACGGAAACAAAGUCGAAGAGGCAGCGCAAGAUGUGGUGGGUUGUCAAUGGAAUUGCCGCGGCUGGCGCGGCUCUUUGGCUUGCAGGUUCUCUCGGUAUUGUUGGACGUGCUGGCGAAGGUGCUGGUUGGGAGGCCAAGGGGUGGAAUGAGAUGUAUAGUCAGGUCCCGAUCGUUGGGAAGUGGCUGUGA